UGGAGCCCGUCUGAAGUCUGAACCUGUUGAUGGCGAAGCAUGGCGCAGCACUUCUUCAUUGCCGUCUUUGCUCCGGAGGGCUGGCCUUCCUCGGUGGCGCCGGAGUACGGUCGAUACCAGCUCUGGGACACUAUCCAGCAGGUGACCUUCUUCGUGAAUACCGUCAUUAGCAAGCAGGCAGUGAUGAAAUUCCAUGGAGUUGGCGAUCCCAACAAGACUCCAGCAGAGGCAACGGCAUUGGAGAUGGGACGAGGACUCUUGGCCACGAUCGUGUGCAUGGUCGUCGCCACGCCACACUUCACCGAUCUCUACCGUGCGUUGCCGAGAAUCUUCCGCAUGUCCUCGGAAGUGAUCAAUGCAGUGGGGCAUUUCAUUGAGAUCCUGGCCGCGAUCUUCACGCAAGUGGUCUCUUUCCUCUACCUGGGACCUGCCUUGUGCCUCAUCGCUGGCACCAUGUCUGGAGCUGUGCGCUCUGUGAUCUUGCAACACUUUGCCAAAGGAGGUACUCUACCACCAGGCAAGGAUCCAGACUUCGGCGAUAUCUCCUUGAAGGAGAGUAACCAGGACAAGGCUGGCAAGAUUGUGGGUCUCUGUGUGGGGGUAGCUUUGCUGUUGGGCUUCAUCGGGAUCGGCUCUGGUGUCAAGGCUGAGGCGACAUCUUUGGAGAGGAGCUUGGAGUGGUUUCUGGUGCUCACCAUCGUGCAUCUUCUUGGAAAUAUACAAGCCGUACGACAGCUUGAAAUAGCCCAAGACCAAUCAGCUGCGGGUGAUAAGAUUCGCAAUGUAAAGCAGGAUCAUGAAAGGAAGCACAUUCUGUGGGAGAUGUUCCUUCCUAAAGGCUAUCCUCACACUGUGGUUGAUUCCUACACGAGUUUCCGGGCUUGGUCGCUGCUCAAUGUGAUCAUCGGCUAUCCAAAGCAGAUAGUACCUACUCGAUGGUGGUUUGGUAUGCUUUUGUGUAAUAGUGUUUAUGCUGUUUAUGCUUUAACUUAUGUUGUUUAGUUGUGUUUCAAGAG